AUGUCUUCUGAAAAUAAAUCAACUCAAGAAACAACUACGACUAUUACGCUCACGGCACAAGACAUCACGGAAGCCAGAGAGAACCUAGCAGACAAAAUCAAAUUCGAACAUCUAACUGCGAACAGAUCAAACUUCAUCGAAUGGAAGAAGAAUACCACGCGUGCAAUCAAAGCUCUGAUCGGCAUCAAAAACUACUGGGACGAGACUCUGCCUAUAACCACUUACAUAGACAGAAAGCGAGACGGACUGGCUGCGAGCAUCAUCAACAACACCAUUCACAACACCUUGAAGAAUGUUACCGAUGACGCGGACAGUGCUUAUGAUGCUAUGAACUACUUACAAAAUCAUUUUAGGAAAGGAGGACGGACAACACAAUUCUCUCUUUUCAAUCGACUCAUGCACUUAAGAUUAGAUCUCAACAAAACAGAAAUGAUAACUCACAUGUCACAUGUAGAUGCGAUCGUGUCUGAACUUGAAUCAACUGGAUUUGUAUGGAGCUCUGAAUCAGUUCGUGGAUUAUUUUAUCAAAUAGUUAUGCCUCCAGAUAUGACGAAAGAAAUCAACAAAGAACUUGAUAACAAAUACGACAAGAGAGAUCCUACUUACAAAUUAAAAGACAUCAAAUCUGCGAUUCAAAUUUAUUUGGCAAGAGAGAAGACAGCCUCUGAGACAAUCACGAUAAGCAAUCUUAGUACUCAACUUGAAGCGAUGGCAUUCAACUCGAACAACCAAGAACGUCCCAACCAAAGCAGACAAUUCACACCGAAUCGAUCUUUUCAAUCAGCGCAACACACUCCUACUCAAUAUCGAUCCAAUGAGAUGGACGAGAGGUCCACCUGCAUGGUCGAAAAAUGA